CUUUUUUUGUUGGAAGUACUCUUAGACACCCAGCAACAUGGCAGAUGAUAUAGAUUUCACCACUGGAGAUGCUGGGGCAUCUGCCCCUUUCCCCAUGCAGUGCUCUGCCCUGCGCAAGAACGGGUUUGUGGUCCUAAAAGGACGUCUCUGUAAGAUUGUUGAAAUGUCAACUUCAAAGACUGGAAAGCAUGGUCAUGCCAAGGUUCACAUGGUUGGUAUUGAUAUCUUUUCUGGGAAGAAGUAUGAAGAUAUUUGUCCUUCUACCCAUAACAUGGAUGUCCCCAAUAUUAAAAGAAAUGAUUAUCAACUAAUCGGCAUUAAUGAUAAAUACCUGUCCCUUCUGAAUGACAAUGGAGAUGUUCGUGAUGAUCUCAAGCUGCCAGAGGGUGACCUGGGAAAGGAAAUAGAAUCUAAAUUUGAAGCAGGAGAAGAGAUGCUGAUCUCCGUGUUGCAUGCAAUGAAUGAAGAAUGUGCUGUAGCCAUCAAGGCCAUGACCAAAUAAACUGGGAUCCCAGGCACGAGCAAUCUGCUAUGGUCAAGAUAAACCACAGAUCUUAAAUUUGGUUCUGAUUGUCACCAAAGCUAUGGCCUUCAAAACAACCUCAAUUCUUUUUGAAUUGUUUGCAUAUACUGCUGGAUUCUAAAGUUGGUUAUGCAAAUUAACUGGCAAUUUUCAAAAUCACCUCAGUUUAAAACUA